AAGAGGGCGUGGCCGGGCGUAUGCCAACGCUGUCCAGUUGGGGGAGACCGGCGAGGAGAAGCCGGAAGCAUCGGAACGCUCGGAUGAAAAAAUGCAUGCACCUGCGCUCUCUGCCGAACAGUGGAAGAAAGUCUUUGACUUCUUAGAACAAAGUAAGAAGGAUACGCAUGAGAAGACCUCAGGACUUACAUUCGAGGAUGCCGAUUGGAGCGGGUGAAAAGCGUGGAGGAGUAUUCUAUUUUCAUAGUUUAGAUGAUGUUCGUGCAUAUUCAAUAAGAAGAAAGGACACGAGUAAUUUGUGGCACUCCCGGUUAGGACAUCCAUCCGAGAAGAUUUUACGUUCUGCACUUAGUUUUGAUAAAUCCUUGUUGUCAGUUGAUUUGAAUAAAAAUUGUGAUGCAUGUCUGCGUGGAAAAAAGACUCGUGAUAUUUUUCACACUAGUAAUUCCAGAGCAUUUGAUUUGUUUGAUAUGAUACAUUGUGAUGUUUGGGGUCCGUACCGGUCACCGGCAACGUGUGGGGCUAGAUAUUUUUUGACGAUUGUUGAUGAUUUUUCAC